AUGCCAUUCGCUAUGGCGCCCAACUCCGCGCUUCGGCCCAAACCUGGAGGGGGUUUCGAGCUCACUCUCGGGCCCCAGGAGGUCUCGGCAAGCCUGGAGAGAAAAACUCUCACCAUCAAAGAGCGACUUCAAAGGUUCAAGGCGAAGAACAGCCAACCUGUCUUCAGUGGGCUCCCUACCCGCCGGCCCGGAGAUGAGAGCCUAGACCUAUCCACUGUGCCUCUCUCAUACGACGACCGACUUACCUUCCUGGACGAGGCUCGCGAGGGUUAUGAGAGAGGCAAAGAGCUGCUCAUAGCUCACAGGGAAGAGGCCAAAGCCAACCCGUCCCGUUUCCGGGACUCGCCAUGCACAAACGUGGAAGUGGCCAAGCAGACAAUCGCCGGUCUGGAGCCUGAUGAUAUUGCCGCCCUCAAGACAGCCUUACCUGCUGAGCUGUUCCACUAUGCUCUCGCACUGUCCGAUGAGUGUCGAACCAGGCAGGAUGCGUGGACAGCUGCCAAUGCCGAAGGGACCCUCGCUCUCAUCGAUGUCAACGAGGCGUACGGAGAGGCUUUCGCAGCGAGCGGCCCGAUCAGACUCGAGGGAAUGAGGGCAAUUUGCCAAAUGGAGGGAGAGGCGGCGGAGGCGAGCCAAGCGGAGACGGCAAAGAUGUGGAAUGCGCAUUUUGAUGACUUUUACGACAAAGUCUACCAAGAAGCCAGGGCGGACCUUGUCACGACGGAGGGCAAAGUCGAUACGGUUGUCAAGUCGCACAAGCACUUGGUGGCUGAGUUGUCGCUCUUGACGCAGCUUCGCGAGGCACUUACGGAGGCAGCUACGGACGGGCAGACACAGGACAAUGUAAGAAACGCUGUGUGUGCCCCAGUAGGCGAAGAGGCACAGCCUAGCGUGGUGGAUGCGAUGAGGCGGCUCCGAAGCUUCUUGGCGGAGCGGCUCCAAUCGACCGUCACGGCCGCCAACUCGUCCGCGCAGGCGCCAUUCGCAGCGAAAUCGCAGAAGAAGAAGAAGAAGAAGAAUCGCCGCAAGCUGCCGAAAUCUGACUCGCAUCAGCCGCCGCAGCCUACGAUCGACACGGCUGAUCAUGUCAGCGCCAAGUGCCCCGCCGACGACACCAGCCACCCCGAGACCGUCGAGACAGACGAUGGCGGCGGAACAUACACUCCAGUCCUCACCCGCCAGCAGAGUUGCGAACUCAUCGCUAACGCGCGCGCGUCACAGGACGACCCCGUUCUUCCCCCAUCCCGCCAGCAUGCUCCCCUCGAAUCGCCAGCUUUUAUCGGAGAGUCGGCCGGAGAUAUUGAGGCAACAGAGAUAGCUGUGGAGCGAACUGAGCCCGUGUUCAGAAGGCCUGUUGGGGGUGCGCCAUGGGCAUUGCCAACGCAACUGAGUGGCCAAGAUAGCGGUAACAAUCAUGCGGGCGUUUCCGCCACUCGGAUGGUCGAGGACCUGCCAGCGUAUCCGCCUCUUGGAUCGAAAUCCAACGCCGCGCCCAAUGAGGCUGAAGAUGGGGCGAUGUCAGACGAAGACGGUGCCGGUACGGACGGAAGGUGCGGACGUAGGCAGAUACGAGGCUCGAAAUCUGCCUGGGUGACAAGGACGCACGACGAAGAGCAAGCACUUUACGAUGCGGUCGCCAAAAAAAGUUUGUCACGGUCGCCAAAACGAAGCUGGACGCUCAUCGGCCUCAUCAAGGAACCUUGUGGACAGCCCACAUACUGGGAACCGGUAGAUCACCGAGUCCACCACCGCAGCACCUUCCAAGGGUACGAUCCGCAAUGGUGGCCAGGGGUGAGCGAGACAAGGUUGGCCGGAGGGCGUGAUGACGUCGAGAGUGAUGACGAUGCCGGAUUCAAUGAGCACAAAUCACAUAGGCCUGAUUGCUUUUGGGCUUGGAACGAAGUGGACGGGCUUUGGGUCAUUACUCGUCCACGUGCGCUGGAUUAG